AUGGCAUCCAAUAUCCUUCAGAUUCCCUUUCGACGUUCCCACCCCGUUUCCUUGUCCGAUGCCAUCACCCAGUACAUCUCGUCCAAAUAUGACCAGCGUCCGGAUAUGUUCGCAGAUGAUCUCUUGAUCAUCGAUCGCCUGCGAAACGAAGCGAUCAAUGUUCAAGAACCGCAUGUGAGCGGAAUUAGCCGGCUGGUCACCUACGCGGCGCAGCUCAAAUGGCUGGGUGGAAAGUUUCCCGUGGAUGUCGGUGUGGAGUUUCCGUGGUACCCUGCUUUUGGGUUUAAUACAUCAAGACCUAUCUCGCAAAACAACAUUCGAUUUGAACUGGCCAACAUUCUCUUUAACCUCUCCGCAUUAUACUCGCAACUUGCGUUUUCGGUCAACCGGACGACUUCCGACGGUCUCAAGCAGGCAUGCAACUACUUCUUCCAGGCAGCCGGGGUCCUGGCACACCUGCGCACGGAGGUCCUUGCGGACCUUCGUACAACUCCUCCCGAGGACAUGGAUGAGAUGACACUUCUGAGCUUGGAGCAGCUCCUUCUGGCUGAGGGGCAGGAAUGCUUUUGGCAGAAGGCCGUCAAGGACGGACUGAAGGAUGCGUCGAUCGCUCGGCUGGCGGCUAAGGUCUCUGACUUCUAUGCGGACGCGGGCGACCAUGCGGUCAAGUCGAACGCCAUCAGUCCCGAAUGGAUCCAUCACAUGACGGCCAAGCAUCAUCAUUUCGCCGCCGCCGCCCAGUAUCGACAGUCGUUGGAUUGUUUGGAGAAGCGCAAGUACGGCGAGGAGGUGGCGCGCCUCCGGGAUAGCGAGGCCUGCGUGAACGAGGCCCUGAAGGAGUCGCGAUGGAUCAAUCGCACCGUGCUGGGGGAUCUCCAGGGGUUGAAGAACCGAGUGACGGAGGACCUGAAACGUGCGGAAAAGGACAACGACGUGAUCUACCUCAUUCCGGUCCCGCCGAAGUCGGAACUCAAGAUCAUCGACCGCGCAUGCAUGGUUGCAGCCAAGGCUCCGUCUCAAGUGACGGAUGCCAUCUCCAUGCUUGGAGACAAUGGGCCCCUGGGCCAGCCAUUGUUCUCGAAGCUGGUGCCCUAUGCUGUCCACAUCGCCGCCAGCAUCUACUCGGACCGUCGUGAUCGGCUGGUCAACGAGACCAUCAUUGGCGAGUUGGAAACUAUGACCGACAAACUGCGAGACCUGUUGUCGUCUCUGAACCUUCCCGGCUCUCUGCAGGCCCUUGAGAAGCCGCUUGGCCUACCGCCCACACUCGUCUCCCACGCCGAAGAGAUGCGCCAGCAGGACGGGCUGAAUCGACUACGUCGGUCUCUCGAAGAUACAUCCAAGGUGAAGGGCAAUGACAAGGCAAUUUACAACGAAGGAGUUGAACUUCUAGCUGCGGAGAAGGCCGAGGACGAUGCCUCGCGCCGAAGGUACGGAACUGAUCGAUGGUCCCGCGAGUCGUCGGAGGCAGCGGCAACGAAAUUGUUCACGACGUCGCGCGAGAUCGAUGGGUACUUUACCUCGGCACAGAACAGCGACAACCUCGUCGAGCAGAAACUAAAGGACUCGGAGGCGGUAUUCCGCGUUCUCACCGGCACCAACCGGGAUCUGGAGAUGUACGUGCCGAGCAGCCGUCGAGCGGCCAUUCUGCCGGAAGUCGAGCAGGAAGCCAUUCGACUCCGGGGAUGUUUGAGCGAGGUGAGCCGGUUGGAGCACCGGCGGAAACGGAGGGCGCAGGCGCUGAAAGACAAGGCGCGGGCCGAUGAUAUCAGCAAAGCCCUUCUGAAGGAGGCUGCUCGCUUGGAGCGAGAAUUCCCGAUGCAAGCCAUUCAGGCAGGCCAGUUCGAGGAUCUGUUUGAGGAGCAGUUGCACCUGUACGAUACUGACCUUGAAAUGGUGACCCAGGAGCAGCACGACCAGGACCAGAUCGGGGCGCUGGUGCGGGAAGCCAACCGAGCGUUCACGAGGGCGCACAAGGGCGACGCGUCGACCCGGGAGCGCGAGAAGGCACUGCAGGAGCUGGAGAACGGAUACAUGAAGUACAAGGAAAUUAUCUCGAACAUGGAGGUGGGCCGGAAGUUUUACAAUGACCUGGCCAAGAUCGUGAGUCGAUUUCGCGACGACUGCAAAGCGUUUGUGCACCAGAGGCGGAUGGAAGCCAGUCAGAUGGAAUCGGACAUUACCAGUGCGGCAGCGAUGGCGUCGCUGAACCUGACGCAACCGCAUUUGCGGCCCUACCCGACGAGCGCGUCUCCGCCGCCGGCGCCAGCAGUGCGAUCCGAGCCGUUGACGGCGCCACAACCGACGCGGGCCAACGCGAUGGCGCCGGGGGUUUGGUCGCCCGAAAUGGGCAUUCGAUUUGGCGGACAGGGAACUUGGGAUCCCAGCAAGGGAGUGAAGUUCUCUUGA